AUGACGACGGCGACGACGACGGCACUGUCGACUGCCACGGUGGUGUGUGUAGUGUUGCUGCUGUUGCCACUCUGUCUCGCGAAUCUCUACUGUCAGCGGAGCCUAUGCCCGUCGGGCGAUGCGCACGUGGGCUGCUACUCGGAGAUCCCGUACGGCAAGAGCUGCCAGGGUAUGAAGCCACAGCUGGUACCGAUGACACCGCAGCGCAAGACCAUGAUCCUGCAUCAGCACAACCUGCAACGGCAGCGGCUAGCGCUCGGCAAGCUUCCGGGCUAUGCGCAGGCCUACAGCAUGCCCCAGCUGUACUGGGACGAUGAGCUGCAGUACCUGGCGGAGCUGAAUGCGCGGUCCUGCGUGUACGCGCACGAUCACUGCCGCAACACGUACAGCUUCCCGCGGGCGGGCCAAAACAUCGCCAUCAUCCGCCAUUUCGGGCUGAACGUGACCAAGGAAGGCGUGUUCCGGUACAUCAUCGACCACUGGUUCAACGAGUACCCGCUGGCGACGACGUUCGUCGACCAGUAUCCGGCCAACUACGUCGGACCCGAAUUUGCCCACUUCACGCAGAUUGUGAACGAUCGUGCGGUACGGGUGGCGUGCGGCAUGGUGUCCUGGGAGUCGUACAAUGGCUACGUCUGGACCAACGACUAUCUCGUGUGCAACUACGGCUACUCGAACGUGAUCGGUGAUCGCUCGUACACGAAGGGACCGGUCGGGCAGGGCUGCACUACCGGCGCUAGUACCCACUAUCCCGGACUCUGCUUCUAG